AUGGCCUCGGACCAUGGUGAAUGUCUUAUACGACCUUGUAAAACCUGUCCUCCUACAUGGACAUUGAAUAGAAGCCGCUGUUACCUGUUCAAAAGUACUGAAAAGUCCUGGGGUGAUGCAGAGGGAUACUGCACUGACCAUGCUGGACAUUUGGCCUCGUUUCAUGACAAAGAUGAGUACGACUUCAUUAGGACAGUCAUUGUGAGAGCUACCGGAACCAACACAAAAUCUUGGGUUGGAGGCACUGAUGCAGAAGAGGAAGGUGUGUGGAAAUGGAGCGAUGGCUCAGACUUCUCCUACACUCAUUGGGGCAAUGGGGAACCAAACAACUUGGGUGGACACGAGAACUGCAUGGAUAUCAACGUGGAUGGACAAGAUCAUGUCAACGAUGAAGUCUGCAGCCAAGAAAAUGCAUUUGUUUGCACUAAAGAUGCAUAACUGUGUCUUUGUUGUCCUGACAACAUGAUGAUGUCACUUCCAGCAAGAGAUAAAGCUUCGAAGACGUUCCUUCUGGAGGACAACUGGUCAGAUCUGAUAACUUAUCCAGAUAAUUUACAUGAUUAAAUGCCUGUCCUCAAUUGUUUUUGUCUUUG